AUCAUGCUGCUCUGAUCUCUUAUCACAACCACCGUUUACAUACAGAGAGGGAGAGAGGAGCUCUUCUGAGCGCUAUAGGUUAUAGUGAUCGUAGUGCACUAUGUAAAUGUAGUAUAUGAAGCUCCUCGCUGUGCAGGUGUGUGUGUGUGUGUGUGUGUGUUGACCCGCUGAUGAAGAAAGCUCGGUGGUGGUGUUUCACAUUUGUCUCAGUUGGAUCAAUCUACUCUGCUUCUGCAUUAUGGGAAAUGAAGUCCAGGGGCCUUGUGUAAUGUAAUAAAGGGGACGAGUUACGGUACAGCCGGCAGAGCACGAGUGACAAACAGACUGACGAACGAGCAGAGAGCAAGAGUGGGAUGGAGAGAGACUGAAAAAGAAGGAUAGAGAGAUUUAAUAGCAGUGCAAGAGAAGUAGACAGUGGGACCUGAGUUCUCUGAUUAAGGAGUGUAAAGGUGAAACAUGGUUCGGUGGUUCCAUAGAGAUAUAUCUGGUAUAGACGCGGAGACACUUCUUAAGAACCGUGGGAUUCAUGGCAGCUUUUUGGCCAGACCUAGCAAGAAGAAUGCUGGGGAUUUCUCCUUAUCUGUCAGAGUUGGAGAAAUAGUUACCCACAUCAGGAUCCAGAACACAGGUGAUUACUAUGAUCUGUACGGUGGGGAGAAGUUUGCUACGUUGUCAGAGCUGGUGGAGUACUACACAGGAAACCAUGGUGUGCUGCAGGACAAAGAUGGCACUCUCAUUGAGCUCAAAUACCCUUUUAAUUCCUCUGACCCCACCACAGAGAGGUGGUAUCAUGGUCACCUGUCCGGCCCCAGUGCUGAGAAGCUGUUACGUGAGCGUGAUGAGCCAGGAACGUUUCUAGUGCGGGAGUCUCUCUCCAACCCAGGGGAUUUCGUCCUGUCUGCACUCACAGACGAGAUGGCCAACUCUGGCAAGAGGGUCUCGCAUAUCAAGAUCAUGUGUGGUGCUAAAGGCUACACAGUGGGUGGGAAAGAAGCCUUUGAAUCUCUGGCAGAUCUGGUGGAAAAUUUCAAACGUAAAGGUAUUGAGGAAGUCUCCGGCACGAAGGUCUACCUCAAACAGCCCUAUUUCUCUACCAGGGUGAAUGCAGCUAACAUUGAGAGCAGGGUGAAACUGCUGGACCAGACAGCGGAGCAUCAGAAUGAGGAAGGAGGAGACAAGAAGAUAAAGGCUGGUUUUUGGGAGGAGUUUGAUGCUCUGCAGAAAUCUGAGUCCAAAGUAAAGAAGAGCAGAGAUGAAGGCAUGAGACCAGAGAACAAAAGCAAAAACAGAUACAAGAACAUCCUUCCCUUUGAUGACACCAGAGUAAUUCUACAGACUGGAGACCCCAAUGUAGUUGGAUCUGAUUACAUCAAUGCCAACUAUGUGAAGAAUAAAAUGUGUGAGAUUGGUCCCCAGAAAGUCUACAUUGCUUGUCAAGGAUGUCUUGCAACAACGGUCAACGAUUUCUGGCAAAUGGUGUGGCAGGAGGAGACGCACGUCAUAGUCAUGACCACGAGGGAGGUGGAGAAAGGACGGAAUAAGUGUGUGCCAUACUGGCCGGACCCUGGAGCCUCCAAAGAAUUUGGCAGAUACGUGGUGAUGUCGUUGUCUGAGAGAGAUGCCACUGACUACAAGGUCAGAGUGAUGGAGCUGGCACCUCUUGAUCAGAGUGAGGCACCGCGAGAGAUUUGGCACUAUCAGUAUCUGAGCUGGCCUGAUCAUGGUGUCCCACAAGAGCCGGGUGGUGUGCUGAGCUUUCUCACGCAGGUCAACAACAAACAGAUGGAGUUCGCUUCAGCAGGACCCAUGAUCAUCCACUGCAGUGCUGGCAUUGGUCGAACAGGAACCAUUGUGGUCAUCGACAUGCUAAUAGAAACAAUCGACACUAAAGGUGUGGAGUGUGACAUUGACAUCCAGAAAUGUAUUCUGAUGGUACGUGAGCAGCGGUCCGGCAUGGUGCAGACUGAGGCGCAGUACAGGUUCAUCUACCUGGCUGUACAGCAGCACAUCGAGUCCGAGAAAGUCAAACAAGUGGCCUGCAAGGAAACAGAGACUGAGUAUGGAAAUUUGUCCUUACAGCCCAAACACCAGAAAGCAAGUCGUAAAGUCUCCAAGAAUAAGGAAGACGUGUACGAGAAUCUGGGAGCAAAGGGAAAGAAAGAUGUCAAAAAACAAAAAUCAGAAGAAAAGAAGGGUGGCUCUGUGAGAAAACGAUAAAACCAGAGAAAAUCAAUUUGUAUAGCACCUUUUUACUUUUCAAAAUGAACCCUCUAAAAUGUUAAUUUAACUGAGCCUGUUACUGUGGAGGAGAAAGGUAAAAAAAAAAUCCAGUUCCUGCUAGCACAGCGUUUGAUCUUGUUUGCAUUUGAUAUGAAGUUGAUUUAUUGCUUGCCUCUGAUGACACUGUAUACUGUAAUUUUUAUACAAAUGGAUUCAAACAGAUUUGCCCCUUUAUGCAGUUCUAAUUUUAAAUAAAAUAUUUCCUGAACAUA